AGCGCGUUUGAAACGAUGGCGGCAGGCGGGCGGGCGCGGCUGCUGCGCACCUACGCGCGGCGGGGCCCGGCCCUGCGCCGCCUGCCGCCCGCCGCGCCCUGCUUCUCGCCGCCGCAGGACCGCCGCCGCCUCUUCUCCUCCACCUCAGGCUCCGACGGCGACGACCCCGACUACCGCCCGCCCUCCCCGCGCCGCGCCCGCCCGCCCCACGGCAGCAGCCCGGCCUCGCGCCAGCCACAGCGCCACCGACACGUCACCCGCCGCCGCCGCCGCCAGGGGGCGCUGCCCGUGCGGCCACCCCUGCUGUGCAGCACCCCGCAGGCGCCGGGCCCCGCGCCCCGCCGCUCCACGCGCCGCAGCAUGCUGCCCGAGCUCAGCUCCCUGCUGCUGCUGGAGGACGGGGACGAGGACGGGGACGGGCGCGCGGAGCCCGCCAGCCUGCUGCUCUUCUCGCCCGACGAGUCGAAGGAGGAGGAGGAGGAGGGGGGGUGCGUGCCACCCACCCCCCGCGCGCCUGCCACCUCCCCGACCCGGUGCUGCCCCAGUCCGGCGUCACCGGCGGGCGCCGGGUGCCCGGGGACCUGCACGCGGAGGGGAGAGGGGGCCGAAGGGAGCCACCAGCGCGAUGUGGACACGUGCCCGCGGCAGCCGCUGGUGGUGUUGGACACGCAGGCGGUGCCGUUGUGGCUGGCUCGUUUGAAGUCCAGCCAGAAGGCAGCGCCGGCCGCGCCCUCCCGGGGGCAGGGCGGUUGCCAGCCGCCGGCAUCCCCUUUCGCCCCGCGGAGAAAGGAGAAAGGCGGCAAGGUGGCUCCCAAAGAUGGCAACGGAGGCACCUGCCGGAAGGCCUGCAUCAGCGGGUUCAGCAGCACCCGGUGGGGGAAGCAAACGAGGCUUCGUCCCGUCGGGAAGAAUAAGAAGAGGCGCCGGCAGCAGGCUAACGGCUCCUUCUUCCAGGAGCAGAUGAGGGGGAGAGGAGGAGACCACGCGCUGGAGCUGUCAUCUCUUCUCGUAAAGGACUAUUCUUUGCUCAACGAUUCCCUGAGCUGGAGCAGGGCUCGGGCAUCUAUGUCCUUUCACAAGAAGAAGAAAGUUGCGGCAGCAGAUCAUUCCUGCGGGAGCAUCCCUUGCACCCCUUCCUUCAAGUCCCAGCUUGCGAGGUACCCGAAGACCCCGUUCAGCAACAGCGUUGGUCGCGCGAAUUGGCCGGCUUCUCCCAUUGUGCUGCUGACGCCCAUGAAGUCGCACUCCAUCCUGGAGGUGAUGCUCACGGAUGCAGAGAAGGUGUAUGGGGAGUGCAAGCAGGAAGGCCCCGUUUCCUUUGAAAAAUGCAUUCCCCCACAGAAAAUGAAGAAGUGUAAGAAGAUCGGGGAAGGGGUGUUUGGAGAAGUUUUCCAGACGGAGAGCGAGAGAGGGCCUGUGGCUUUAAAGAUUAUUCCCAUCGAAGGGAGUGAGAAAGUCAAUGGGGAGGCUCAGAAGAGCUUCAGUGAGAUCCUGCCAGAGAUCAUCAUCUCCAAGGAGCUCAGCCUUCUGUCUCAAGAGAUUGUAAGCCAGACUGUGGGGUUCAUUGGCUUGUACUCUGUGCACUGUGUCCAGGGGGCCUAUCCGGAGCAUCUCCUGAAAGCCUGGGACACGUACCACAAACAGACAGGAUCUGAAAACGAUCGGCCAGACCUGUUUGGAGAUCAGCAGUUCUUCAUGGUCUUGGAGUUUGAAUUUGGAGGCAGCAACUUGGAGACGAUGAAGACCAUAAGCUCAGUGCUAACAGCAAAGAGCAUCCUGCAUCAAGUUACUGCAUCCUUGGCUGUGGCCGAGGAGGUGCUGUGUUUUGAGCACAGAGACUUGCACUGGGGGAACGUUCUUGUCAAGAAAACUAACGUCAAAGAGCUCAGUUACAUGCUGAAUGGAACGACGUACGCGAUCCCCACGCACGGGGUCCAUGUCAGCAUCAUAGAUUACACCCUCUCUAGACUGGAGAAAGAUGGGUUAACUGUUUUUUGUGACCUUUCUACUGAUGAAGAGCUGUUCCAGGGGACGGGAGACUACCAGUUUGAUAUCUACAGGAAGAUGAAAGAGGAGAACUCCAACAGCUGGUCUGACUAUCACCCUCACAGCAAUGUACUGUGGUUGCACUACUUGGCAGACAAGCUUCUGAAUAGCAUGGGCCAUGCACAUAAACCGAAAACGUCCAGCCAAAGAGCAGUAAAAAAAAAACUCCAAAACUUCCAUAAUGAAGUACUGAAUUUUAGCUCAGCUCAGGACGUUCUACACAACAGCAGACUUUUCCAGUGACCAAAUAUAUUUGUCCUUCGCUGCGUUUUCAGAGCUUUGUUAUGAUACUGACAAUUUUUUGGCGUUGCACAGAUAACAUCCGUCUAAUUACUAUGUCCAUGACUGAUCCAUGGGGGCUUUGUUUUUACGGUAGCCUGUAUGGAUUUUAGCAUUUAAAGCUAAGCCUGAAGAUCUGUUGUUGCACAUGCACAAAAAACGAAGCAGUGAAACAUUUCAUGUUCGGAUAUUAAAAGUAUUCCUAUCUCUUCAAUUUUUUGUUUUGAACUCAAUCAGUUAAGUUAAAGGAACUUUCAGUUCUUCUUAAACUGCUUUUCUACUUUUAAUCUUAGGUCAUUAAAACAAAAAAUUUAAUUUUAAUGUA